AUGACGCCGUACCUGAGUCUCCCAUUCCCAGAGACGUACCCAGCGACGGGCGGCGAUUCGGCCACAGAGAACCUCAACCUCUUCUUCCAAACAGGAGAUGUGGCCUUCAUCCUGGUAGCCACAUCAAUGGUCUGGCUCAUGGUACCCGGUAUCGCCUUUUUCUACUCCGGUCUGGCCCGCAGAAAGUCGGCGCUGUCUAUGCUCUGGAUCUGCAUGGUCGCAGUCGCCAUCACCCAGUUCCAGUGGUACUUCUGGGGCUUCUCGCUCGCCUUCUCAAAAACUGCAACCAACGGUUUCAUCGGCAACUUGAAGCACUUUGCCUUGAUGGAUGUGCUGGGUGGGCCGGCAACAGGCACUGCGCUCGUCCCGGAAUUGCUCUACGCCAACUUCCAAGGCAUGUUUGCCUCAGUCACAAUCGCACUCGUGAUGGGCGCCGUCGCUGAGCGAGGCCGUCUCAUGCCUGCUUGUCUCUUCAUCUUUUUGUGGGUCACACUCGUCUACUGCCCGAUGGCCUGCGCCGUUUGGAACGCCAAUGGAUGGGCUUUCAAGUGGGGUGUCCUCGACUACGCUGGUGGCGGUCCAGUCGAGAUUGGCUCCGGUUUCGGUGCGCUCGCCUACUCCUUCAUGCUCGGCCCUCGUCGUAACUCACCUUCUGAGAUGGUGGUUGUACACCGACCCCACUCUGUCACCUCUGUCGUUCUCGGGACUGCCCUCCUCUGGUUCGGAUGGGCUGGCUUCAAUGGUGGUUCAGCUUUCGGUGCCAACUUGCGUGCAGUCAUCUCCAUUACAGACACCAACAUUGCCGGAGCCAUGGGUGGCAUCACCUGGUGUCUGCUCGAUUACCGUCUUGAACGCUCCCUGACCAUGGUCGGCUUCUGCUCCGGUGUCAUUGCUGGACUCGUCGCUGCUACACCUUCCUCCGGAUACAUUGGUCCCAGUCCUGCGGUUGCUGUUGGUGUACUUGCUGGAGCAUGCUGCAACUACGCAACCAAGAUCAAGUUUUUGCUUAAGAUUGACGACUCGAUGGAUGUGUUUGCCGAGCACGGCGUUGGUGGCAUCAUUGGUCUCUUGUGCUGUGCCUUCUUUGGCGCAGAGUACGUUACCGCCCUCGAUGGUGUCAGCUACGGCAUUGGCGGUUGGUUCUCCAAGAACUGGGCGCAAAUGUACAAGCAACUUGGGUGGAUUGGUUUCUGCUGUGCCUGGACAUGGACCAUCACCUGUCUCAUCUGCUUCGUCAUCAACAAGAUCCCAGGACUUCACUUGCGUACCUCAGAGGAUGGCGAGCUCCGUGGUAUCGAUGAGGACCAGAUUGGCGAAUUUGCCUUUGACUACGUUGAGGCACGUCGCAACUUCAUGACCUGGGGUGUCACCAAUGCCAUCGAUGGCGAGACCACCGAUGAGGGCUCCGACUUUUCCAACCAAAAGGGCAAAGCCAAGGCUGCUGAAGCGUUGCAGAAUGCAGGCUCAUACGAGAUGCAGCAGAUGGGCACCAACCACUCACUCGGCAAUGCGCCCUUCCCAGCAGGUCAACGGCAACAAGCUGAGGCGCCUGUUGUAUCAGGCAGUUCGCCUGUUGCAGAAGAAACUGCGCCAGCGCAUAGAGAUCACGCGGUCUAUUGA